AUGUCAGGUAUUAAAAUUGCAGAAAAGUUGGCCAAGAUCGCAAUUCCUCUUGGUGUUUGUGUUUCGUUUAUGGACUAUUCGAUGUACGAUGUGAAAGGUGGAUCGAGAGCCGUUAUCUUUGAUCGUAUCCAAGGUGUGAAACAGGCUGUUGUGGGAGAAGGUACCCAUUUCCUGGUGCCUUGGUUGCAGAAGUCGGUGAUUUUCGAUAUCAGAACCAAGCCCAAGAAUAUCACUACGAAUACCGGGACCAGAGAUUUGCAGAUGGUUUCAUUGACGUUGCGUCUACUGCAUCGUCCGGAUAUUGUUCAAUUGCCCAUGAUCUACCAAAACCUGGGUCUUGAUUAUGACGAAAGAGUGUUGCCAUCCAUUGGUAAUGAAGUCUUGAAGUCGAUUGUGGCGCAGUUUGAUGCGGCAGAGUUGAUUACUCAAAGAGAGAUAGUGUCUCAAAGGAUCCGUAAGGAAUUGAACCAUCGUGCGAAUGAGUUUGGUAUCAGACUGGAGGAUGUUUCCAUUACACACAUGACGUUUGGGCCUGAGUUUACCAAGGCUGUGGAGCAGAAACAGAUUGCCCAGCAAGAUGCAGAACGUGCCAAGUUUUUGGUGGAGAAGGCGGAACAAGAGCGUCAAGCGUCUGUGAUUCGCGCGGAAGGUGAGGCGGAAUCUGCAGAGGUGAUUUCUCGAGCAUUACAAAAAGCUGGCGAUGGGUUAUUGUUGAUCCGUAGACUGGAGACGUCGAAGGAGAUUGCAGAGACGUUGGCAGGGUCGCCCCACGUGACGUACUUGCCUGGUGGUGGCAACCAAGCCGAGGAUGCGUCGAAGAACAGUUUGCUGUUGAACCUUGGGCGUUGA